ACAUUUGACACGCCGGUUUUAUCGAUAGACACUAAAUCCUAUCAGCUGUUCGACCUAAGCACAAGCAUUUCUUAAUUUCAAAAUAUCAAAUUGAAUAAUGAUUGGUAAAUUGGCAAGCUGGUAUCGUGAGAAUGUUUCAGAAUCGGCUGACUGUGUGGCGUGUCGCCUGAUAAGCGGAUUUGGAAUGAUGGGCAUUGGCGGUUUUAUACUCUCGCAAGCAAAGCGUCGUCGCUCACCCCUGGAGAGUAUUACAAUGAAAAGUAUUGCAGCAGUUGCUGGUUUUCUGGGUGUGGCGCGUUUGGCAGAUGCAAACUUUCUGAAAGCCAAAGCAGAGCCUGCCAAGGAGCAAAUCAAACCUAAAGCGGAACAUCCAUUCUUUAAGCGUUGAUUGCAGUUUUUAAUAAGCGUAGUGUUAGUUUUAUUAUUUGAGCAUUACAAUUUAUGUUUGUUCUAUAAAGUUGUGACUUAGCGACCAAC